CCUACACGGUAACAAAGUCGGACGGAUGUUAUUGAAGGAUGUUGGAGACGACCAUGUCUACUUAAAAGCAGACGUAGUGCCGAGUCAGAGCCUAUACUCAUCUCAUCACAAGGCACACGGCGGCGGUCAGACCAAAGAUAAUUAUGGGUCCCCUUCUCAUUUGACAUGACCCAAAGAUGAUUUGGACACGUGAAGGAGUACCCCCUGUCGGCACAAAUAACAUAAUGUAGGAAAUGACCAUUUCUAAAUAAUGUUUAGGUAUGUUAUUUCUGCAAAUUCACAGUGAAUAGCGUGUGUAGAUAACAAUCCACCAUCCAAUGUAUGUAUCCUAUUUUAAUAAAAUCUAAGAAUGUCAUUCAGUUUACACUUCUUCCAGAAGUUGUCUACUCUGACGUUGGUUGAAGGAAGGCGUUGCUGACGCGAACGAGUGGAAAGGGAAAAUGGCGGACCUCGAAGACGUUAAACUGGACGGGAGGCCGCUACAAUCACUUCGCGUGGCGGAUUUGAAAGCUGCUUUAGAGGAGCGCGGACUUCCUAAAAGCGGACAGAAAAAUACUCUCGUUAAGAGACUCAAAGGGGCUCUCAUGCUGGAGAACCUCCAGAGAACCUCACACCAUCACAUAGGACUGCAGCCAAACUCCCAGAUUGGUGAAGAGAUGAGCCAGAACAGCUUCAUAAAGCAGUAUUUGGCAAAACAGCAGGAGCUCUUGAGGCAGCGUCUGGAGAGAGAGGCCCGGGAAGCAGUUGAAGAUGAUGAUACAGACAAAGAGGACCACACACAGGACAAUAACAGCGCUGCCUGUGCUGCCCCAGACCAGGAUGUCGCACCCGUGUUGGUUGACCAGCACAAACUUUUUGGCCUCUCCGAGGGAAAGGGACUAGCAGGCCCAGCAAGAGAGGGAGAGGGGCACAUGUCCAGAGACGGCCAUGUGUCUCCUCCACCUGCCCCUACCUCUGCUGCUGUUUCCUCUCUGGCUGUGCGUGUAGCUGUUGACGAGCAGAGAUCAGAGAGAGUCCCAACCUCUAGUCAAGUCCCAGCAGAUAGUGAUGAUGACGGCGCUGAUGAGGACUGGGAUAGCGGUGCCAGGAGGAGGAAUCUAGGAGAGCCACCAAGAGGCCAACUAGCAAGAGCAAGGUCUGGAGGAUCCCGCCAACACCCACAGCACAUUCCCCCCCUAUUGUCUCCGCAGCUUCGACAGCCUACCCCUCCUCCAUCCCCUCCCCCAGGGUUAUCAUUCCCACUGCCUGAUACCCCUAAACAAAGCCCCCCUAGUCCAGGUGAGCCCCCAGCUAGGCAGCGUACUUCCAGUACCUCCAGCUCUGGCUCCUCUAGCAGUGGCAGUUGUAGUAGCAGCCCAGAUCCACAAAGCAACACAGAGCGCAAGCCUGGUCCACUGACCCUGCUGGCACGUAAAAUGGCAUCAGAGGGGGCUUUCUCUGGAGUUGGGUGGCAUGGGCGUGGGGAUGCAGAGAGGCAGGACAACAAUGCUGCAACUGCAACAAUGUCUUCUGGUAGAGGUCCUCAAGAGGGCACAGUGUCUGCCAUCACCCACACAACCAAUGCUGCAGCCAGUUUGCCCUUCCCCAGACUGGUUCCAGUAACAAACCAGGGAGCUCUUGGAGGCCAUCUCCCCCACAGUGAAGUUCCUGUGAGUGUGCUUAGGCCCACUAUUAUGGAAGAGAGAGAUGCUGCGUGGUCGCAAGAAAACAACAAGGAAAAGGAGCUGCAGGCAGAGAGUGAAAGAGAAAAAUCCCCUGAGCAAGAGCGACUUGGUGUCGUGGAGCAGGAAAGACUGGAGAGGCAGAGAAUAUUUGAGCAACAGCAUGCUGUGGAGCAAGAGAGGGAAAGAGCUUUGGAGCGAGAGAGGAAGGAGAGAGAGAAAGCUUUGGCGCGAGAGUGGAAGGAGAGAGAGAAGGCUUUGGAGCGAGAGAAAGCUUUGGAGCAAGAAAGGAAGGAGCGGAAAGCUUUGGAACGGGAGAUGAAGGAGAAAGAGAGGGAGGAGAAGGUGAGGGCUUUGGAGCAAGAAAGAAUUGAAAGGGAGAUAGCCCUUGAGAAAGAACGAACCAUGGAGAAAGAAAGAGAGGAGAGGGAGAGAGCCUUAGAACAGGAGAAGGUCCUACAGAGAGAAAAAGAGAAGGCUUUGGAACAGGAGAAGGCCUUGCAGAGAGAAAAAGAGGAGAGGGAGAGAGCUUUGGAACAGGAGAAGGCCUUGCAGAGAGAGAAAGAGGAGAAGGAGAGAGCUUUGGAACAGGAGAAGGCCUUGCACAGAGAGAAAGAGGAGAAGGAGAGAGCUUUGGAACAGGAGAAGGCCUUGCACAGAGAGAAAGAGGAGAAGGAGAGAGCUUUGGAACAGGAGAAGGCCUUGCACAGAGAGAAAGAGGAGAAGGAGAGAGCUUUGGAACAGGAGAAGGCCUUGCACAGAGAGAAAGAGGAGAAGGAGAGAGCUUUGGAACAGGAGAAGGCCUUGCACAGAGAGAAAGAGGAGAAGGAGAGAGCUUUGGAACAGGAGAAGGCCUUGCACAGAGAGAAAGAGGAGAAGGAGAGAGCUUUGGAACAGGAGAAGGCCUUGCACAGAGAAAGAGAAAAAGAGGAGAGGGAGAGAGCUUUGGAACAGGAGAAGGCCUUGCAGAGAGAGGAGAGGGAGAGAGCUUUGGAACAGGAGAAGGCCUUGCAGAGAGAGGAGAGGGAGAGAGCUUUGGAACAGGAGAAGGCCUUGCAGAGAGAGGAGAGGGAGAGAGCUUUGGAACAGGAGAAGGCCUUGCAGAGAGAGAGGGAGAGAGCUUUGGAACAGGAGAAGGCCUUGCACAGAGAGCAAGAGGAGAGGGAGAGAGCUUUGGAACAGGAGAAGGCCUUGCACAGAGAGAAAGUGGAGAGGGAGAGAGCUUUGGAACAGGAGAAGGCCUUGCACAGAGAGCAAGAGGAGAGGGAGAGCGCUUUGGAACAGGAGAAGGCCUUGCACAGAGAGAAAGUGGAGAGGGAGAGAGCUUUGGAACAGGACAAGUCCUUGCAGAGAGAGAAAAUGGAGAGGGAGAGUCAUCUUCCUCCAUGGAAGCGUAGUCGUGAGUUUGGUCGUACCCCCCUGCCUACUCCUCCCCUCUCCACAGGAGCAGGUAAGAUGGCGGCAACAGAGGAGGGUGGGGAUCCCAAAGUGCCAUCCCUACCCCAAAAAGCAUUAAGAGACAAUCGGCCAGCUGGAUCUGGUACGCCCCUGUCACAAUCUCUAGCAACGUCUCUGUCACCCCAGUCCUCCUUCAAGAAGUUCCGUUUCUUGAGAGACCCCAUAGUUCUAUGCCAGUCUUCUGCAUCCGGGGUCAUCAAGAGGCCCCGUACAUUCUCUGAAAGCCCCCAUCCUCAGUCCUUAGCUCUCCAGUCCCCCAGCAAACCUGGGGAACCAGAGCAGGAAGGUACUCAGCAGGGGGCCCAGCCUUCUGCUUGGCAAGCAGCACCAAAGAAGCCUGCAAGUCAGGGGGUCCCUGUUUCUGGAGCAGACACGUUGGGGACGACAGGGCCAGAGAGGGAGACCCCAGUGAUUGCCACACUGGGCAAGAGUCCUGAAGAAGAAAAGGGUAAGAGCCUGGUCUCAGAGGAGUAUGUCCAAGCACAUAGAGAGGAGACAGACAAACAGGCGGUGGGAGAGAUGGCCAGAGAAGCAAACACCCCCUCAGGUCCAGCGGGAGCUGUGCUACCUCCCUCACCCCAACCAGUGGAAGGCAAGGUAGAAAAAGGAAGGGAGAGAAAUCAAAAGAAAGAAGAAAAGCUGGGAAGACUGUCUUCCUCGUCGAAUGACUCUUCAGAUUCUGACUCUGGGUCGUCGUCCUCAGGUUCGUCUGGUUCAUCAUCAUCCCAGGGCAAAACACACACCACUCCCAGUGGUAGAAGGCCUGAGAAACCUCAGACAAACACCAUAUCCCAGGAUACGGAAACGGUUAGUCAACCUGAGGAUCCAACUGAGGCCCCAAAAGCCCCACAGCAUAAAAAGCGAGUAUCUGGGGAGGAGGAAGAGGACAUAAACAUUGAUCGAGCCAGACACAGGAAGAAACCAUUCCUUGGAAUACAUGCAGGAGAAGACAAUGGGCAGAAGGACAGCGAGGGAGAGGAGGUAAAGACAGACACUACAAGGGAGGUGAAUGAGGCUGCCAUGGCUGAGCCUAAGAAGGCUCCUGAGAGCAGUGAGGAGUGUGUGACACCAAAAGCAUUCACAGCCCGUAGGAUCUCCCUUAGCAGCAGCAAGGCCUCUCCAGGUGCUGUCACUGCAGAGGGCGAAACAGAGUCUGGGGCUGGGAGGAAGAGGCGAUGGGGGUCCAGCACUGCAGUCACAACCAAGAAAUCAUCCAUGAGCAUCACCACAGACUCUCUGAAGUCUCUGAUCCCAGACAUCAGACUGUGUCCAGGCCAGGAGAUGGUGGUGGAUCUGCACCCAGAGGAGGAUCACCUCUCUGGGGUGGAGGAGGAGGGCAGGGAGCGGGGUGAGCAGGACCUCAAGAUCAGACGCACAGUCACACAGGUGGUCCCGUCAGUGACCCAGGAGAAUGGACAGAAGGAGUCCAAGAGGAGUGAACACGAGGAGGAAGACCGAGAGGAUGGAAGGGAGGUUAAAGGAGAUAGAGAGAAUAAGAUGGAUGGCUCAUUCCAGAGAGACUCCAUGGAGAGACAAUGCACCUCUCCCCCCAUGGAGAUGAAAACAGUGACCCCCAGUGACACAAUGAUCCGUCGCUCCAUCAGCCAGCAGAAGUCUGGCGUGUCCAUCAGUAUAGAUGACCCUGUCCGCAUGGCCAAGCAGCCCUCUCCUCCACGAGGCAAAGUGUCCAACAUCGUCCACGUGUCCAACCUGGUUCGUCCGUUCACCCUGAGCCAGCUGAAGGAGCUGCUCGGUAGGACCGGCACCGUGCACGAGGACGGUUUCUGGAUCGACAAGAUCAAAUCUCACUGCUACGUCACAUACUCCAGUGCAGAGGAGUCAAUUGCCACUCGUGCAGCCCUGCAUGGGGUGAAAUGGCCUCAAAGCAACCCCAAGUUCCUCAGUUUGGACUUCAUUCAGCAGGAGGAGCUGGAUUUCCACAGAGGCCUGCCUCCCCCAGAGAGGGCUGGGGAGGGUGAGCGGGGGGCUGCGGCGGUGCCUGGUCGGGGGGCGGCCCUGCCCCCUCUCCUGCCCGAACGGGAACAGUGGGCGGAGCGUGAGAUGGAGCACAGGGAGAGGACCCGGGCGGAGAGGGAGUGGGACAGGGACAAGGUCCAGGACAUUGGUCCAGGAAAACCUGGAGAGGAAGCGGUCCCCAGACGACCCCGCUCCAGAGAGAGGAAACGCAAGGAGAGGAAGAUGGACAAGAAAGAGAAAGCUGCAGAUGAACCUCCUGUCAAACUGCUGGAUGAACUGUUCAAGAAAACCAAAGCAGCCCCUUGUAUAUACUGGCUCCCCCUCACAGAAGAGCAGUUUUCACAGAAGGAGACAGCUCAUCAAGAGCGGAUGAAGGAGCGAGAGAAGAGGAGGAAGGAGCAGCAAGAGGAGGUGGAGAAGAAAAGGGAGGAAGAUCGCAAAGAAAGGAUGAAAGCCGCGAGUGCUGCAUCUGGAGAAAGAGGCGAGGGGGAGCGGUACAGAGAGCGGGAGAGAGACUGGGGCAGAGAUGGAGAGAGUGACAAACACAGAGAAGACUGCUACCGCAGACCUGGGGGCAGCAGUGCAGGGGGGGCCAGACGCUCCCGCAGCCACAGUGACCCCCCACCUCGUGACAGACGACGCUAGAUGGAAUUGGUGUGGCUGGAACUGUCUUAAAAUAAUCCCCUACAUUCCCCAUCACUACAUUUACUUUGUUACAAUAUAAGACCCUACAGUAGACCAACAGAUGUAGUCACUAUCUGUCACUGUUUUUAAACACACACCGACACAGAUAGGGACCAUGGUUUAGCAGUGUUUUCCCCCAGGCUGCUAUCUGUCACUGUUUUUAAACACACACCGACACAGAUAGGGACCAUGGUUUAGCAGUGUUUUCCCCCAGGCUGCUAUCUGUCACUGUUUUUAAACACACACCGACACAGAUAGGGACCAUGGUUUAGCAGUGUUUUCCCCCAGGCUGCUAUCUGUCACUGUUUUUAAACGCACACCGACACAGAUAGGGACCAUGGUUUAGCAGUGUUUUCCCCCAGGCUGCUUUCUGUCACUGUUUUUAAACGCACACCGACACAGAUAGGGACCAUGGUUUAGCAGUGUUUUCCCCCAGGCUGCUAUCUGUCACUGUUUUUAAACGCACACCGACACAGAUAGGGACCAUGGUUUAGCGGUGUUUCCCCCCAGGCUGCUAUCUGUCACUGUUUUUAAACGCACACCGACACAGAUAGGGACCAUGGUUUAGCAGUGUUUCCCCCCAGGCUGCUAUCUGUCACUGUUUUUAAACGCACACCGACACAGAUAGGGACCAUGGUUUAGCAGUGUUUCCCCCCAGGCUGCUAUCUGUCACUGUUU